UGUGACCCCCCCGGGAUACCUGGCUACCCCUGGAGGUACCUGUGACCCUGCGGGGAUAUGUGAGGGGGACCUGUGACCCCACUGAAGGGGGUAUUUKUGAUCCCCACGGAAUAUCUGUGGCCCCCUUGGGAUAUCUGUGACUAAUGGUGGGUAUGCCACUCCACGAGUACUAGUGGCUCUGUAYACUCCAGGUAUCUGUGAUCCCCAUGGGGUGUCUGCUCCUUUGGGGGCAGCUGUCAUCCCUGGGUGAAGGUAUCUGUCACCUGUGAGGGGGUAUCUGUGACCCUGCUAAGGAGGAUCUUCCCCCCUCCACAGGGCAUGUGUGACCCCAGGGGUGUAUCUGGUUCCCCCACCAUGUGUGAUCUUGGAGGUAUCUGCCCCUCCCAGAGUAUCUUCCCCCUCCGAGGCAUGUCUGACACUGAAGRGUUUCUGUCCCGGGUGACAGCUCUCCCCCAGGGUAUCUGCUCCCCCUUCAUGGGGCAUCUGUGAUUYCCUGCAGUAUCUGCUAUUCCAGUGAGGGGUACUUGCCUCUACCCUGUGGCCAUCUGUGACCCCACGAGCUACUGUCCCUACUASAAACAUCUCUUACCUUCUGGGGUGCUCCCCCCAAGGACCCUGUGGUGUAGGGGGGCCAGGUCCUGCCCCUUAUGCUGGUGUCAGGGAAUCAGGCCACCUCCCACAGGAGGGAAGGAAAAACAGCCACGGGUGGAUUUUGGCAGGUACUGGCCCCAGCCCGGCGCCAGGAGGAUGAAUCCCGGCUGCAUGCGGGGCUGGGGGAGGCCAGGAUGAGCAGGAGUGUCAAUCCAGGACACAGCAGGGUGCCAGGGCGGGAUGCACUGUUUCCUCCAGGCCCUCAGUGCUGCCCAAUCCGCCGCAUUCGCACGUCCCGUGAUCAGUGGCCAAGGGUUGUGCUGGACCACGACCUUUGAGAUGAGCCGCGCUUGUCCCACGGCACCUGGAGCCCAGCUGCCCACCAGGUCAGAGCCCCGACUGCUGGCACCCCCCAGGGUGAUGGCAACGGUGUUGGUGCUGCUGAUGCUGGUGGCCUGUCCAGCUGCCACCACAGCAGCGCUGGUGACGCGGGACUUGCGGCUCAACRUCUGCAUGGAUGCCAAGCACCAUAAAACAGAGCCCGGCCCUGAGGGGCAGCUCUACGGGCAGUGUGUCCUCUGGAAGGACAAUGCCUGCUGCACCGCCAACACCAGUUUGGAAGCCCACCAGGACCAGUCCUACCUGUACAACUUCAACUGGGACCAUUGUGGGGCCAUGCCAGAGAAGUGCAAGCGCCAUUUCAUCCAGGACACRUGUCUCUACGAGUGUUCCCCCAACCUGGGGCCAUGGAUAGACCAGGCAGAUACCAGCUGGCGGAAGGAGCGGAUCCGGGAUGUGCCACUGUGCCGGGAGGACUGCGAGCAGUGGUGGGACGAUUGCCAGGAUGCUGUCACCUGCAAAGUCAACUGGCACAAGGGCUGGAACUGGACCACAGGCACCAACCAGUGUCCCAGGGGUGCCAUGUGCCAGAAGUUCAAGUUUGUGUUCCCCACGGCGGCUGCACUCUGCGAGCAGRUCUGGUCCGGCUCCUACCGCUACACAUCCCACCACCGUGGCAGCGGUCGCUGCAUCCAGAUGUGGUUCGAUCCCGCACAGGGGAACCCCAAUAUUGCUGUCGCUCAAUAUUACGCCCAUGGUGGUGCUCCCCCAAAAUCUCCGCUCUCCAUCCUGCUGGCCCUGCUGCCUCUCACCCUCGUGGGCCUGCUCUAAGCAGGAGGGGCUGCAGGCAGGAGCAGGC